AUGCCUAUUAAAAGGGGUCACAUUGCACCACACAACACCUACAUUGUAACUCUUAUUAGAAAUUUCGAUUCUCAAUAUGAAAACUUUAUCGUUGCAAAUGCCACACUUCCUUCCAGACCAAUUAUAUACUGUAGCGAUGGAUUUUGUGAGCUUCUCCAAUAUACGAAAGGCCAACUUAUGCUAAAGUCUUCAGCUUUAUCAAUUUUCUAUGGACCUGAAACUACAGUUGAUUCGAUGGAGGCUUUGUUGGAAGCGCUUAAUCAGACUAAAGAAACCGAAGUACUUAUGAACCUCUAUACCAGAGAUAAUUGUGUUAUAUAUUUCCGAAUAGUUGUAACUCCUGUUCGAGAUGAAACUGGUGGGUUGCCUCUCUACCUCCUUUUUUUUAGAGAGGAGGUCACUAACACGCAAACCCUCUCACAAAUCAACAAAGGAUCAGGUUUACGCACAAGAUGGCAGCUAAAAUCUUUACGAGUAAACAAGAGUCCUAAUCAUGUCCCGAAAACUUCCAUUCGAAUAAACCCGUCAAAAUCCCCUAAACCCUAUUUAGACGCCAAAAAACAUUUUAGAGAUAAAAGGCAUGAUGCAUGUGAUUCGAAACAGGGUUCCGUGCCUGGAGAUGUUUCAGUGGUCAGUCCACAAAGCUUAUCUUCAGGUGAUAAGAUCCAAUUUCUUGAAGAUUAUCCAACUGAGUCUGUAUCUGGUCAGCUUAAAGAAUGUCGCCCAGUUUCUUUAUUUUCGCCUAAAAGUCAAGACGAUUCACCUAAAGAGGAAUCGCCAUCAAAAACAGAUCUUUCGGAAACCCAGCAAGGAACUCCUAAAUAUCCUGAAAAAUCUAAGCGUAGACCAUCUACGUGGUACAAGGGUCACUCUGAAGAUGGAUUUUCAGAAGCAAUUCAUGGUUCUACGAGAAAAAGCCGGCACUUACAUCCAACUGCUGAAGAGUCUGAGGCCCUUCAGUUGGUGCUGAGUAGUCAUGCAGAGCCACCAAAAUCGUCGGUUACUGAGAAAUUCGCCCAAUUUUUAUCUAUGGAUGAAGAUUUACAUGUAGAGCAUCGUUUUCAAUCUCCACGUAUGCAUAAAUUUACACUGAAACAUUAUAGUGUAUUUAAAGCUGUUUGGGAUUGGAUUAUAUUAGCGCUUAUUAUUUAUACAGCUAUUUUCACUCCAUAUGUAACUGUUUUUCUCAUGAAUACAGGAAAUAAAUAUGCAAAAUUGAUUUCCCCAGGAAACAUAACAACGACAACACUGACAACGAUCACUGUAGAUAUAAAUCGUACACAGAAUAAGUCCUCAAUAAAUAAUAACUCUGACAUAUCAAUUAUUCAUCAUACUGACCACCCCCCAUCAUCUAUGAUCUCUUCAUCACCAACAUCCCAGGGUGCACCAACAUUAUUGUCCACAGUGGACAUUUUAGUCGAUAUCAUGUUCAUUAUUGAUAUUCUAAUUAAUUUUCGUACGACUUACGUUAAUAAAAAUGAUGAAGUUGUUUCACAUCCAAAACGUAUAGCUGCUCAUUAUAUCAAAGGUUGGUUUAUCAUUGAUCUGGUAGCGGCUAUCCCAUUCGAUUUGUUAUUUUUUCGUACAGCUGGUGAUCAACCUACUGCUCUUACAGGUUUAUUAAAGUCAGCUCGUCUUUUACGUUUAGUGGGUAUUGUACGCAAACUCGAUCGAUACUCUGAAUAUGGUGCUUCCAUUUUAAUAUUAUUAACUGCAUUAUUUGCCCUAAUUGCUCAUUGGUUAGCAUGUAUUUGGUAUGCUAUUGGUAAUGCAGAACAUUUGUAUCGUGAUCCUAAAAUUGGUUGGUUAGAUACAUUGGCUAUACACACUGAACAAUAUUAUACCGAUCAACCAAAUUCUGGUCCAGAUUUAAAAACAAAAUAUAUCACAGCAUUAUAUUUCACUUUUUCUAGUCUUACAUCAAUCGGUUUCGGUAAUGUUAGUCCUAAUACAAAUGCUGAAAAAGUAUUCUCUAUAAUAGUUAUGCUAGUUGGUUCUUUAAUGUAUGCAAGUAUAUUUGGUAAUGUUGGUGCAUUAAUUCAACGUCUUUAUAGUGGUACAGCUAGAUAUCAUGCACAAAUGUUACGUAUUAAAGAAUUUAUACGUUUUCAUCAAAUUCCAAGUCCAUUACGUCAAAGAUUAGAAGAAUAUUCUACACAAGUUUGGGAACAUACAAAUGGUAUAGAUAUGACAAUGGUUCAAUAUAGUUUUCCGGAAUCAUUACAAUCUGAUAUUUGUCUUUAUGUAUAUCGUCAUUUUUUAAGUGGAUCAGUUGCAUUUAAAUCAUUAAAUGAUGGUUGCCUUCGAAAUAUAUCUUUAAGAAUUCGUUCUUCACAUAUGCCACCAAGUGAUACAUUAAUACAUACUGGUGAUUUACUCACAGCUGUAUAUUAUGUUGUUAAAGGUAGUUUAGAAGUGAUAACUACAGAUGAUAUUAUUUUAGGUGUAUUAAAUCCUGGUGAUUUUUUUGGUGGUCUACCUCCAUUAGCUAGUAUUAUACAAAAAAAUCCUUAUCAUGUACAAAUGACUACUGGAUUGAAUUCAUUUCAAGAGAAAAAUUAUUUUAAUCAUAUUAAUAACAAUGUAAAAUGUAUGUCAACGGAAGAUUAUACAUCUUUACCAAAUACUAAUUAUAAUAAUACCAAUAACAAUACGAAUAAUAAUAAUAAUAAUAAUAAUAAUAACAAUUUAAAUGGUGUAAUUUAUCAACCAAAUCCACCAUCAAAAUCACGUUUCGCUGUUCGUGCAUUAACUUAUACUGAUGUACAAUUUAUUGACAGAAAUGAUUUAGCUGAAUUGUGUUCUAUUUAUCCAGAAUUAUCAUUAAGAUUAUUAGAACGUUUUGAAUUAACAUUGCCAUUAACUAUUUCAUCUGAUAAAAAAACCAUCAUAACUAAAGAUCAUUGUUCUACUAUACCUAGUAUUGAACAAUUCUUAGAUGCAACAUCAACAUGGCAUAUUGUUUGUUCACUUUUAACUAAUUCAUUAUCAUCAAAACAUUCAUGUAAUCAUUCAAAAUUAUAUACAUUAAAUGAAUCAUCAUCAUCAUCAUUUCAAAGUAGAUAUUUUGAUAAUCCAUUUAUUGGGAAACCACAAUGGGAAUUAGAACGUUACCAACGCUUAUUUGAUCAUGGUGCAUUGUCACUUCAUUCAAACAGUUAUUCAAAUGCUGAAAUUCCUGUAUGUUUUAUUGAUACAUUAUAUACUAAUAAUACUCAUAAUACUCACAAUAAUAAUAAUAAUAAUCCAGGUACUACUACACCGUUUAUAAAUAAAUCAGAACCAUUUAUUAUGCAUUCAACACAUUCAUCGCCUAUUACACCUGUGAGAAAUACUCAAACACUGCAUGAACGUCGGAUGCGUAUGCGAUUAGCUCGUAAUCUUCCAACUAAACCAACAACAACAGCACUAUCAUCAUUUCUAAUGCCACCCAUCUCUUGUUCUUCGUCUAUUUCAAAUAUUCCAAUAAAAUCCACGGAUAAAAUUAAUCCUCUGUCUCAUUCAUCUGUGAUAUAUCAACCGACAACUGAAGAGAAAGAAAUUAUUGAUUUACUUGUGAAACGUUUUGCUAACGUAGAAAAACAAAUUGAAAAUCUUGAUACUCGUAUUUCUCAAUCGGUUACUACUAUUUUGCAACAAUUAGAAACAAAAUUAACAAAGCAUCGAUCACAAUUCCAAUAUGAUCGAUAUAAUGAGUAGUUUUUAAUAUAACCCUCUUUUUUUUCACAUUAUUUCAAAGAUGAUUGCUCAAGUAUAUUUUAUUUUCUUCUUUUCUCUUUUUAAAAGAAAC